UCCUGCUGCCUAGGAGACGGGACUGUGGGCUAGCGUGUCGCCGCCCUGCCCUUGAGUCACAGUGAUCCACAGGGCCGAGCUUUGUUCCUUGCUCCCGUGGUGUCUAUGCGGACGCUGCGGGGGUUGAGGUGCGUCGGUGCGGUCUGUGCUUCCCGGGGUGCUGCUCUCCGCGAGUCCCGCCGCCGUACGCGGAGCCCUCCCGGCGCUUUGGCUGCAGACCCCGGGGCCACGGUCGCGGUGUCUGCCCUGGCGCCGGGCAUUUUGAACGGAAACUGAAGCCCAGAGCGGUUUAGAGGAUCCCACAAGGUCCCGGGAGCUUUAAAUGUCCUUCGUGACAGCUUCUGCGCUUUAAUCAGAGCCACGACUCGAGUGAUGGUUAAAAGGGAUUUUUGUCCUCAAGCUGGCUGACCUUUUUCGGCUUCAGCCUUCGUCUGUAAAUGAACAGGACGAUACUUAACUUCAGAACCUGGACGGAAUGACACAACUUGUUUAAAGCGCAUAGCACCCAUCCUGGCAAAUACUAUUCAAAAUAUGAUAGAUUUUUAUGUUUACUUUAAGUUGUGAUCUCAUUUCUUCUUUCUUGGACGCGUACUGUCCCUGUCAUAAAGCCGAGCCUGUCUUAACUAAUUACAAAUAUUGGAGACUGAUACACUCCAGUAGAAUGAGAUUACUUACAUUGUCAGGGAUCAAUGCUAUGCUUUGGUACAGGAGUUAGUACAGAACAGAAGAACCAAGAAGUUUGGGAAACCGAGUUUGUGAGCCUGGAUUCUUCCUGAGCCCUGAGGAGUAUGUUUGGUGAUGCCAUCUGCAAUUUUGUCAUUUGCAAUGACUCUCCCCUUCGAAGUCAGCCUAUUAUCUUCAAUCCUGACUUUUUUGUGGAGAAACUCCGACAUGAGAAACCAGAGGUGUUCACCGAGCUGGUGGUCAGCAACAUCACAAGACUUAUUGAUUUGCCUGGAACUGAGUUGGCUCAGCUGAUGGGUGAAGUGGACCUUAAGUUGCCUGGUGGGGCUGGCCCAGCAGCAGGAUUCUUCAGGUCUCUAAUGUCUCUCAGGCGGAAGGAAAAAGGAGUGGUGUUCGGCUCUCCAUUGACGGAGGAAGGCAUUGCCCAGAUAUAUCAACUGAUUGAAUAUCUGCACAAAAACUUGCGAGUUGAGGGCUUGUUUAGAGUGCCAGGCAACAGUGUCCGACAGCAGCUUCUGAGGGAUGCCCUCAAUAAUGGGACAGAUAUUGACUUGGAUUCAGGAGAGUUUCACUCAAAUGAUGUUGCCACGCUGCUGAAGAUGUUUCUAGGAGAGUUACCGGAGCCCCUGCUCACCCAUAAACAUUUUCAUGUACACCUCAAAAUUGCUGAUCUGAUGCAGUUUGAUGAUAAAGGAAACAAGACCAACAUACCCGACAAGGAGCGGCAGAUCGAGGCCCUGCAGCUGCUCUUCCUCAUCCUCCCUCCAGCCAAUCGGAACUUGCUGAAGUUACUGCUUGAUCUCCUGUAUCAAACAGCGAAGAAGCAAGACAAGAAUAAGAUGUCUGCCCAUAACCUUGCUCUUAUGUUUGCACCCCAUGUCCUUUGGCCUAAAAAUGUCACUGCAAAUGACCUUCAGGAGAAUAUCAUAAAGUUAAACACAGGAAUGGCUUUUAUGAUCAAACACUCUCAGAAACUUUUUAAGGCUCCUGCUUAUAUUCGGGAAUGUGCCAGACUUUACUAUUUGGGCUCCCGAACUCAAGUGUCCAAGGAUGACCUUGAUCUGACAACCUCAUGUCAUGCCAUGUCCUUCCAGCGGGCAAGAUCUCAGAAACAGAACAGGGUCGAUUAUUACUCUCAGCAGGAGGAGACCCAGCAACAUACAGAAGUGGCGCUGAGAGAGCUCUUCCAACAUGUUCAUAACUUGCCAGACUCGGCGAAGAAGAAACAACUUAUCAGACAGUUCCAUAAACAGUCUUUGACUCAAACGCCAGGGAGAGAACCUUCUACUCCCAGGGUCCAGAAGAGAGCCCGCUCACGCUCUUUCAGUGGGCUUAUCAAGCGCAAAGUCCUGGGCAGUCAGAUGACUUCAGAAAAGACCAACAGUUCCCCUGCUCCAGAGUCUGUGGCCAUGGGGGAGCUGAAGAAAGCCAGCAAAGAAAAUAGGAACUUGUUCUUCUCUGGCUCUCCAGCUGUCACAGUGACGCCAACAAGAUUGAAAUGGUCUGAGGCAAAGAGAGAGGGGAGAAAAGGUAGCUGUGAGGACAAAGGAGAAAAUGUACACCAGGACCUGGGGCCACAGCCAUCACCAUACACUCCCUACUAAGUGGUGACUGUACGGAUUCUUUUGAAGGCUCUAUUUACUACUUCUGUCCUCCACAGUGAAGUUUCUCUUCAGUGGGACAAGUGUUAUUUCUGUUCUCAGUGAAGCUUGGACCUGCAGCUGCUGCUUGCUGCGCUUUGAAUUGUGAAAGCCAACUCAAACCCUGACCCGACUGAUACCUCUAACCCACUCACUGGAUGUCUCUGAAGCUGUGCGGCCGAGCGAGUGCUGCACUCUGUGUUUGUUUUUACUGUCAGAAGCCGCUAGCUGCCUGCCUCGGCUUACACAGUGCAGCAGGGAGGCAGGCCAGCUAGCUCACUCAGUGUGCUCAGGUCGGUUCUGUUUCUUCAAACAGAAAAUUCUGUGUUUAAUUGCUAGUAAUAUGUUUUAAAGUACUGUAGGUCUUAGUGGAUUGCUAUUAUCUUUAACUGGUAUUCGAGGCUUUCCUCUGUGUUGUUAGUAUUGAGUCACUGCUUGUUUAUUUACUUGUUUUAGAAGCCAUUAUUUUGAUGGAUAAUUAAGCAAAUUGCAAGUUAAAUGCCUUUCACCCCUUUUUAUUUUGAGCUUGUGAAGUCUCUUUAUCUUUGUGUUCAAAAAAUUUAUGGCUUUCCUAGGCAAUCUAUUAUUUCUUGUGUCUAAUACAGAAGAUUUGACCUGGCAAUAAGAAAGAGUUCAGUACAGUGUAUUUAACAGAUCUCAGUUAUUAAGCUGCAUUCCAUGCCCCUGUCUUCCCCUUAUGAUGUGAGAAUGGCUGUGUGGUUGUUACCUUGGUGAUGUGAGAAUGGCAUGGUUGUUACUUUGGUGAUGUGAGAUGGCUAUGUGGUUGUUACCUUGGUGAUGUGAGAUGGCUGUGUGGUUGUUACCUUGGUGAUGUAAGAAUGGCUGUGUGGUUGUUACCUUGGUGAUGUGAGAAUGGCUGUGUGGUUGUUACCUUGGUGAUGUGAGAUGGCUGUGUGGUUGUUACCUUGAUGAUGUGAGAAUGGCAUGGUUGUUACUUUGGUGAUGUGAGGAUGGCUGUGUGGUUGUUACCUUGCUUCCUUCAUUAUUGUCCUCUCAUCUAGAACAUGGCUGGUGCCACUGCCACAUUCUGUGCCCUGUUACUUGAGAAAUGUCAUGAUCUGCUACCUAGAGCUUGCUGCAGUGUGCAUGUGGUGGAGACUGAAGUAGGCCCAGGAGGGACUGGUUGGCUUCGGUAGGGUCCUGUCACACAUUCCUAGGGAUCAAAUAUGCUGCUCACCUGUCUCCUAAGAGCAGCUUGGAAUCAGGAAAGGCAUGGGUGGCAGUCUCUGCAGGGCCCAUAAGAUUUAAGAGUUUCCACAGGGAGCAGCUGUGAUGAUCCCCUUGGUCUAGAACAGUUGCUUCCUGCCCAUCUUCUUGUCUGGAUGGGUACAGGAAGUGAUGGAGUGUGGAGAGCCGCUGUCUAGUGAGCCGCAGGUGGCAGUUGAGGAUGCUGAGGUAUGAGCUUAUCUCUGUGGAACUAUGCAACCAUGCUCACCCUACUGUGGGGAACCAGAUAUCCAGCAAAAUACGGUUCCACCUUAAUGACAGAUAGUUGAACACGUGUUAUAUUGAAAUGAAGGCGACGUUGUCCAUAUACACUGUUUUGUUGCCAUGACAGCAAUGUUGAGGGAAAAUGUGAUAUUUGCCCUUCUAGCUGGAUAGUUUGGAAGCAUGGAGGUGUGGUCUAUAAUGGAUUUUAGUUCCUUUCUCGAAAGCAGUUUUAGGUCAUCCUUAAGGAUCUUUAUUAGCAAAUUCAUUUGUCUCGGUUUCUGACUCUUUCUGGUGGUGGAGUUACUAAGAAAAAGGUUCUUUUCUUUUUAAGGUAAAUUUCUUAUGACAGGUAUAUAGUGAGGUCAAACAGAAAUCUCUUUUGUAUUAGCAAAUCAGAGAAGUUCUCCUCAGCAUGGCGCUUGCUUUAGGUGUGUUCCACCAUGUUGUAAUGUAGCACUAUGCAGGGAUAGCCAAGCAGUGCCUUGAUGCAUCCAGGAGUUUUACACUCUGUGAGCAAGAAAGAAAGAGAGAGAGCGGGACUGAGGAGACGAGUGUGGGUGAAUGGAAGCAAUGCCAGGAGUGGUCUCGGUGAGGGUGGUGAGAGAAAGGCACACCCCAUGCACGUGCUCUCUGUAGGCAGUUACCAUGUGCAUUUGGGAAUGUGUAUUUUAUUUAUUUAUUGGAUAGUCAUUACUUGCUUUAAGGGUAUUUUAGGUCAUUUUUUUCUUAUGGAAGCUGUGAUCCAGUGCAGAAUAAACUUGAGGCAAAGCAUAA